AAUUUUCUACCUAAUUAACUUCAUUUACUGGUACUCAUAACAGAGAGCAGCGCCCAUGGCAGAGGAGAAGCAGCUGUUGAUGGUGACCGAUUCUUCUCGCAAAAGAUUAAACGAAGAAGAAGAAGAAGAGAGCAGCAAUAAGAAAGGCAAGACAUCAGCACCACACCAAUUACCUCAUGAAAUCAUCGUUGAAAUCCUUUCACGUUUGCCCGUCAAAACCCUAAUUCGAUUCAGGUGCGUUUCCAAAUUAUUUAAAACCCUAAUUUCUGAUGCCCAGUUCAUCAAAACCCACCUCACCAAUUCCAGAAACCUCAGUCGCAGUCGCUUAGUUGUUUUAAGUAGAGGUGGCUCAGCCUUAUCUGUCCUUAAAUCAUGUCCUCUGCACUCUAUUUUUGACAAUGACGCUCUUCAGCUCCAUUCUUACUCUUUCUCAUCGCACAAUCACUAUUGGCUUGUUGGGUCCUGUGAUGGAUUAAUAUGUUUGGCUUUGAAGCAAGAAUCUGUCACCGUAGUCAAUCCAUCCACAAGGGUUCUCCAUGAAUUGCCUUAUUUAGGGUUUCAGAAGAAGUUCGGCAGCUAUACUGUUUUCGGGUUUGGUUAUGAUAGUCAAAAUGAUGACUAUAAGGUUGUUGCUGUCUUCUGCUAUCAAACUAACACGAAUACCCCUAACAGGGGCAUUGGGUACCAAACCAUAGUUGAAGUUUCUAGCCUGGCUUCCCGUCGCUGGACGAGGAUCGGUAGUUUUGCUUAUGGUGUACCCUAUGACGUGUCAGGGAAAUAUGUCGAUGGCACUCUUAACUGGCCAGUCAUGUAUCAAGGUGAUUCAGGAUUAAUGUGGGAUGUCGUUUCUUUUGAUUUAGCAAAAGAGACAUAUAAGGAGGUUAUGCAACCUGAUUACGGAGAGUUAGGUUAUGACAGGACAUUGGGAGUAUUUGAUGGAUGGCUCUGCGUGAUGUGUAAUUAUCGCGGUGUUCGUGCUGAUUUGUGGGUUAUGAAGCAGUAUGGGGUGAGAGAAUCUUGGGUCAAGUUGGUUAGCAUACCGUAUUUGGAUCAUCCGGGUUCAUUCUGGUAUUCAGUGCCGUAUGGUAUUGCUGAUAAUGGUGAAGUUUUGAUGGAGUUUAACUCUUUGGUGAUUUACAAUCCUAAAGAUGGAACAUUUAGGUAUCCUGUGAUGGGUAACACUGAUACUUGGGGUGAGCCGGAAACUUAUAUUGAGACUCUGGUUUCGCCCAAAGUUGAGAAUUAGCGUUUACUCGAAUGGAUCUGGUUAUAGCUUUUACCAUAUCAACUAUCGUGUUCCUUCUACUUUUGUUGUAUAUCGUGUUCCUUUUACUUUUGUUGUAUAUAUUUAUUUAACUCCAGUGUCUAAUGUAGUUGCUAAUUGCUGCUUUUCAUUUUCUUGGGAA